ACAAAAUAUGGCAACUAACCCUUGAAAAGAGAAAACCCGAACCCGCCAGCAAGAGAGCUGCUCGAUCCUCUGCCCAAAAACCCAAUAGAGAAAAAUGGCAGAGGAACCCGCCCCGAAACCUGGAUUAGAAGGACGCACCGUUGAGGAAUGCCAAGACAUGAUCCAAAGAAGUUUCCGGACUCCAAUGGUGAAAUUUUUGAAGGAGCAUUUGGAGAAAGCUGGGUGCACGUUUGGGGAUAAUUUCAUCAAGGCAGUUCAUUGCAACAACCAGAUUAGUGGAGGCUAUGUUCGUGGUGAAGGAAUUAUGGUGUGCAGCAACCAUAUCAACAUGCAAGACGAGGUCAAUCAAGUAGUUAUACAUGAGCUUAUUCAUGCGUAUGAUGAUUGCCGUGCUGCAAAUUUGGACUGGGCAAAUUGUGCUCAUCAUGCCUGUAGUGAGAUUCGUGCUGGCCAUCUAAGCGGUGAUUGCCACUACAAACGGGAAUUGCUGCGAGGUUAUAUGAAGAUAAGGGGCCAUGAACAAUGUUGGCAUCCUAUAAACCAAAUUCUCAAGUAGGAGUUGUGCUAUGAAGUUGAAGUCAAAUAAAACGUUAAGUAGUUGAGUCCCUAAAAGGAGCUCAUCCUCUACUUCUCAAUUCAUUGUUUGUUGUUGGACCAGCCCUUAAUAUCUAGUUCUUCCCAUUUACCAUUCUUGGUUCCAGCUUGUUACAAUGUUGCACUUGUAGAGCUAAGAAAGAAGUUUGUGAUGAAAGCAGAGUUUAUCUUACCAAGGAUUUUCCUUGUUUAUACAAAACUCAUAUUUUUGUGUAUUUUACCUUAUGUGUUCUUUUUAACAUUGUCUUAAAGAUAUGCUGUUUAUAAUUUUCUUUAACUUAGGGUGUGCUUGAUAAACUAUUGAAAAUGAAAAUUUUCAAUGGUUUAAUUUUCUCCAAUGUGUUGGAUUACUCAAUUUAAAAACCACUUUUCAUUCUUAUUUAACUCAAAAUUUGUCAUUUAAUUACAUUGACCUUAUAUUCUUUCCUUUUGAAUUAUUUAUUUUUCCAUAUUAACUUUUAUUAAUGUAAAAUACUUAAGAAAAAAAAAUCAACAAGACAUCUAUUUAGUGUUUAAUUUUCAGUAUGAUACCAAACUAUUGUUACAGUAAAUUCAGCAUUAAAUUUUUGUACUUUAUCAAACAGCAGCGUAGCUAUGGUUUUUCUGAUAUAGUUUCUCUUCUAUAUUCUCUAUCAAUCUAAGUAAUUUAAGUUUUG